GGCACGGAGGCAAAUCCCAUCCUGUCCUUGUCCUUCCUCCCCCAGACAAGGAGCCCAGGGAGGACAAAUCUCCUCAGCAGAACCUCGUGGAAGAGGCUGUUUUGAGCGGCUCCAUGGCACAGGAAUGCAACGGGGAGGAAAAGCCGCGGAGAUCCUGCCCGAGGAGGGGCUCCAAACCCAUGCCAGGGUGCUCCGAGGAGGAAGGACCCACCCUGUGCCAGGAAGGCAGCCAGAGAUGUGGCCAGAGCUCUGAGCUGGUGGUGCAUGAACAGCUUCACAAUGGCAAGAAGCUGCACCAGUGCUCGGAAUGUGGGAAGAGUUUCUGUGCAAAGUCCAGCCUGGUCCGGCACCAGAAGAUCCACACUGGGGAACGGCGCUACGAGUGUGGGAAAUGUGGGAAGCGCUUCAGAGACACCUCUCGCCUGAUGAUCCACCUGAGAGUCCACACUGGGGAACGGCCCUAUGAGUGUGGGGAGUGUGGGAAGAGCUUCACUCAAUGCUCCAGACUGAUCAUCCACAAGAGGAUCCACACUGGGGAACGGCCCUAUGAGUGUGGGGAGUGUGGGAAGGGCUUCACUACGAGCUGCAAAUUGAUUGUCCACCAGAGGAUCCACACUGGGGAACGGCCCUAUGAGUGUGGGGAAUGUGGGAAGAGCUUCACUAGGAGCUGCAAAUUGAUUGUCCACCAGAGGAUCCACACUGGGGAACGGCCCUAUGAGUGUGGGGAAUGUGGGAAGAGCUUCACUCAGAGCUACAGCCUGAUCGUCCACCAAAGGAUCCACACUGGAGAACGGCCCUAUAAAUGUGGAGAAUGUGGACAGAGCUUCAGCCAGGGCUCUGAGCUGGUGGUGCAUGAGCAGCUUCAUGAUGGGAUGAAGCCCCACAAGUGCUUGGAGUGUGGGAAGAGCUUCAGCUGGAGCAACACCCUGAUCCAGUACCAGAUGAUCCACACCAGGGAGAGCCCCUAUGAGUGUCCUGAGUGUGGGAAGAAGUUUCAGACCAGCUCACACCUCCUCAAGAACCAGUGGAUUCACACAGAGGAGAAGCACUUCUGCUGUCCUGUCUGCAGGAAGGGCUUCAAGAACAACUCCCACCUCGUCACCCACCAGCGCAUCCACACCGGAGAGAGGCCCUGUGAGUGUCCCCAGUGCAGGAAGAGCUUCACCCACAGCUCUCCCUUGACCAGGCACCGACAGAGGCACUGGUAA